UUUAAGAGCAAAUAUGGGUGGUUGUUUGUUGCCCAAAGAAACUUACUCCAAUGUGCUUGGCAACACGCUACAACAACAUGACGAAGUUGGUGAUUGCAGGUUGUGCUGAUUGCCCAUACUAUGCUCGCUCUGAGCUUCUGGCUGAUGAUCUCAAGAUCAAUUUGCCGGAUUUUCACAUCCACAAGAUAGUGAAAAAUCCAGCGGAAUGGGAGAUUUGGUUGCCGCAACUUUGCCAGAAAAAUGGCUGGGCCCACAAGAAGUCCCCCAUUGUAUGGCGAGAACUCAUCGACAGAGGUGGAAAGGGUGUCCUCAUCGGUGGUUCCAACGAGUUUCAGGAAUACGCCAGCGGUUAUUACGGCAUCACUUCCAAACAAAUGAGCAGCGAUAUGACCAAGAUAUCGGCUGAAAAUAUGGAGACAAAGUUGCUGGUCACUGCAGAAGAGGAGUACGAAAAAAGUCUGAGCAAUCCCUUGCAUGUCUGCAUCACCAACGCCGCCAGUCCUGUAGCUUAUCACUUGGUGCACGAGAUAGCUCGCGGGGACGUCCUGGGCAAGGAUAAUGAGAUCUCCAUCAAGCUGUUGGCGGAUGUGGACAGCAUAAAAUCAGUGGAGGGUAUGAAGCUGGAAAUGGAGGACUUAGCUUGCCCAUUGCUGCGAAACAUUGUGGUGACAGCAGAUGUGAAGCACGCAUUCAAGGAUGCCAGCAUAGUUAUCUUCCUUGAUGAGAUUGCCAGACCAGACAACAUGGAGAAAGAGGAUUGGUUGAAACUGAAUGCAGAGGUCUUCACUUCCUAUGCAAAGGUACUGAAUGAGUUUGCCCUUUCUGAAGUCAAGGCCAUUGUUGCCGGCUCUGGCCCUCUAAACUUCAAUGCCUUUAUCCUGGGACAUUUCAGCCCGGCCGUCCUGAGGCAGAACGUGGUCGCCCUGUCGCGCCUGGAGGAGAACCACGCCAAGUCUGCCCUGGCGCGGCGCAUCCAAGUCAACAUGGCCGGCAUUGUCAACCUGUUCAUCUGGGGCAACGCGGGUGGGACGACCUACACGGACCUCAAGAACGCCAAGGUGCAUGGGUGUGAGGGCGCCAUCUGGGGGCCGCCGUUUUACUCGCGGCCGAUUGGCGAAAUGGUCCACGAUGACAAGUGGCUGCAGACAGAGUACGUGGCCGGAUUGAAGACUUACAAGGAGACUCUUGAGGGUGCUCUUCAGCACCCAGCCACCUUCUCAGUAGCCCACUCUAUAGUGAGUCUUCUGACUGACUGGUGGAAUGGCUCUGAAGGGGACACAUUAUACUCAGUUGGUGUACUAUCUGAAGGUUGGUAUGACCUUCCAGAGGACAUCGUCUUCUCCUUACCGGUCAAAUUCCAGAAGGGGACCUGGGAGGUCGCUCAAGACAUUCACAUCAGCGAGGAUAUCCACAAGAUAUUCAGGUCCAUUGCCGACGAGCUGAUAAAGGAAAAAGAGGUCAUCUUCCCCCCACCCCACCUCACCCCUCCUCCAGGAAAUGACGAUGAUGGUGACAAGAAAGUGUUUGGGCAGGACGAGGCAGUGGAAGCAGCAAAGGAUGGUGGGAAGGAAGAGGGUGAUAAGGCCUCUGAGGCCGAUGCCCAGCCAGCAGAGGGAACCAAUGGACCUUUGUCUAAGAUUGUUGAAGAAUCCGAGAUCGACAGCAAAGAGGGAGACAAGACAACGGACACAGAAAAAUCAGCAGAAGAUGCCUAAUCCUCGUCAAUUAUAUACACCUGUAGCUCUAAUUGUCCAUAGAAAUCCCUCUCUACUGUAAAUAAGUCUUCCACACUAUGUUCAGCAAUCAUGUAACAUGUAUUUUUCAAAACAAAAUGUGAGAAAAAACACUGAUUGAAUUUUUUUCCAAAGGAAUCGGGAGAUAGAGUCUUUAUUUCAUUUUGAAACUUAAAACAUCAGCCAUGUACAUAUGUAUACUGUUAUUUUUAACUUAAAAUCACCCUUUGUCCUUUCAUUUGUUGUGUAUUGUACAAAGUGGCUAAAUGUGUGUGUACACCUGACCAUUGUAAUAUUCAUGACCGUUUUUUUGUAGGCCUACUUGUAUUCACUUAUAGGAUUAAUUUGUAAUUUCCUUUUGAAUGGCUUGAGUUAUUUUAAAGACUACGGAAAAGUGAUACAUGUUUUGGUUAAAAAAUAUUGCGGUUAUUUCAUUUCUCGAAGCAUUAUUUGUCACCUAUUUUUUUGUAGUUGUGCAAGGCAAACUGAGGUGUAAGAUAGUGGAGGGAUCAGAGACUUACAGGGCCCAUGAGAUGAAUUUUACUUGGGCUCAUAUUUUGUGCAACAUUCUUCUCUUAAAUGUAUGAAAACUAUUUGCCAUACCUUAGUUUUUGGUUAAUUUUAUUGAAUAGCGCACUUUUUAAAACAUUUGAAAUGUUCCCUGCUUUUCUUGACAAAUGAGGGGGGAUGUUUCUGUGAUGUCAUUUCAGGAAGACCGUUCAGUUUAGGAGUUUUCUUUUGAACUUGUGAACCAAAAAAUUGCUCAUUGAAAACAUUUUGGGACAACUUUGCUCAUUGGCCUAAUGUCAGCUACUGAAACACUGAACAACGAAUCACCAAAGAAAAGAAAAUUUACGAUAUUCAAAAUUAUGGCAAAUGUUGAUGCUGCUAUAGAUGUGGCAUUGAGAUUUCUGCCUGGAUGACAUCACACUUUUGCUCAUGAAUAUACAAAUUGCCUUUUCAUAAACACCAAAAAAGGCUAAAAAAUGCUCUUAAAUAUGGCAAAAUGAAAAUUGAAAAUAAGGUUAAAUAGAACACAAAGGUACAUUUCCAUGGAUUGCAUAAAACUGAGCACACAGAUGGACUGAUGAUCUUUGGAAAAUUGAAACAGAAGAAGCACCAAAGGGGGUAGAAACUUAGUAGUGUAUAUUUUUAAGAAGAGUAACGACUAUUCAUUAGAUGGAAUUUAUGCGUCUGGGUGAUGUGAAUCGACACAAUGUAUUAGGUUUUGCCCUAAGAGUAAUGACUGUACAAAGUGAGGUGCCUGAGAGGGGAAAACCACAUGAAUGUGUUUUACAAUCUUGUAGCUCAUCCCUAGGGGCCGUUGAGACAUCGGCCACCAUGUGGUUGAGGGCCGCUGAUUUUCCCUUUCAAAAAUAUCUGUUUUACAUUUCAGGAAACAUGCUAUAGCGACACUUUAUCAAUUUACUACCAAUCCGAAUAAAUUACAUUUCUAACAAGAUUA